GGUGAUUGCGUUCAUAACCAAUCAACGAAUUCUGUACCCACCCUCUUCCCGCCUGCUUGGGAACUGUAUAGAGCCAGGAAACGAGAAAGGAAACAGAAUUUUGAAUCCUCUUCCUUAUGUGGAUCUACGUUUGGGCGUAGCGUGUAUGUGGCCAAUCGGAAUUGCUAAGCGCCGAAGCGGAUGGCAAGGUGGCCCUGUUCCUCUCGCUUGUUAUUCUCUUCUGUCAUCCCAAGAUUUAAGUUGGUUUUUUUAACACUAGGGAUAGCAAUCAUUUAGCGAAGUUAAAUUUUGGAUUUUGUUUUCUUUGUUAUAAUGUCCGCCGCGGUGGCAGGGGCCCGUAGGCAAUCUUGUUAUUUGUGCGAUUUGCCUCGCAUGCCAUGGGCCAUGAUCUGGGACUUCACAGAGCCUGUAUGUCGCGGCUGCGUUAAUUACGAAGGGGCAGACCGGAUUGAUUUUGUGAUUGAGACUGCCCGACGCUUAAAGAGGACGCAUGGAUUUCAAGAUAACAGGUCGCCAGGGCCAUCGUCUUCCGUCAAACAUCAGGUGUCUACGGAUAUGGACCACAUCGGACACAUGGUAGGGGGUGGGCACGGGCUCUCGAGGACCACGCCAGCACCCCCUGCACCACAGUGCUUGGAUCGGUAUUCAGUCUACGAUAGGCCACCAAACCGUCUGGGUUCGGAUUGCAGUGUGGGUAGGCAAAUAAAUGGCAUCCGUGUACCUAAUGGUACAAAGUUACUCGAUCCCCCCGAGUCGAGCCCCAAUCAGCUUCGGGCUGGUACAUUGCACUCUGCACUGGGCGCUCCCAUCAACGGUAAUACCAUAGGCCCAAUUACAAGCCGGGUGCCUCCGUUGGGAAUCUCGGCGGCCUCUCAUGAGGCAACAUCGACUGCGAUUGACGUAGGGAUAAAGCGGCUUUGCUCUGUGUCCGGCUGUGAGCACGAUGACAAGAAGCACAGGCUGGAUAGUUAUUCUGAGUUCGGAGACCACAAGGUCAGGGUCGAGGAGGGGAUAAACAAGCCCAAGACUGCUAAAGACUCGCUGAUGGCAAUACAGCAUACUCACUCACCGUUUGAUACGAAAUUCAAAAAGGAAAGUGGAAAUGGGAGGGGGGCAAACUUUGAUGCCACCAACCUAGCAUCUAAGACAGGUACCCGUUCUCUAAGAAAAAGAAAGCCAUCUCCCGAACCAGAAGGGGAAGGAUGUUCUGUCAAGAUAAAUGGCGAGGGACAGCCAUGGUUGGUAUCUGGAGAUAGGCUAAAGAUUUCUUCAAUGACUUCUUCGUUUACAGAGUCUCCUCAUUUUAGUCGUACCACACCACCUGACGCAGCACAACAUGGCCAGUCUCCAAUGUCUGCUCUAAUGUUGGUGGCUGAUAGUGCUGGUGGCAGUCAUUCAGCUAAAGAUUCUAGCUAUGUUAACACUACAACCAGGAGAAGUUGCAACAGCCCUACAUCACCCCCCUCUAUGAACCAAAGAAAAAUGUUUCCCAGAGAUGCACAAAGCCAGUUUCCCAGUGUAGGAACAUCAUCUAUUUCAGGAUUAGAAUAUGCAUAUCCCCAAAGCAUUCCUGACCCUUCUGUACAAAACAGUAUACCAUUAUGCUGUACUCUGUGCCAUGAACGUCUUGAGGACACACAUUUUGUACAGUGCCCUUCAGUACCUUCUCAUAAAUUUUGUUUUCCAUGUUCACGACAAAGUAUUAAAAAACAAGGAACAUCUGGUGAAGUGUAUUGUCCAAGUGGAGAAAAAUGCCCUCUUGUGGGAUCAAAUGUACCAUGGGCCUUCAUGCAAGGGGAAAUUGCCACCAUACUUGCUGGUGAUGUAAAAGUCAAAAAAGAAAAAGACUCCUGACUGAUUUUUUUUUCAUUUGUUUUAAAGAUGUAUACUCAUUUCUAUCUAUAGUAUGGUAUGUAUAUACUUAUAUACCCAAAACUACGUGGUAACCAAAAGCAUAUUGGAUAUGGAGAUAUAUAAUAUUUUUAGAGCACUUGGAAGAAACAUGCUUUUAACUUUAUUUGUAUGCACUUGUGAAAAAAUGCUUUGGCAAUUUGAACCACUAUGGGACAUUUAUUAAAACCAAUGUUAUUCACUAAUGGA